GCCGAAGAUGCGCAUCACAAGACCAAAACAUCACUUCCACGAUACCAUUAAACACUGCCGAGAUCAAGACACAUCAACAAAGCUGAGACACCUUCUAGCCACUGCACUUGCAUACAGACUUUCAUCAGACAUUUUUAUCGGGAGCGGAUCCUCCUUACUGUCAUGGCACAGCCCACGCGUGGAGGAAAGAUAGGCCGAAAUAGGCCUCUGGCAAAACACAGAAACAUCUUGCCCAACACAUACGUGCCCGUAUAUACAAAGAAGGUACUCUCUGCGGUGCUCGGCAGACUUGCCAAGUCCAGCACCGUGGCCUUGGUGCUGCUUUGGCCCACACUAAAAAACACCCAGCCCGUGCGGCCGGAACACAUCGUCAUGUCACAGGCAGACAUCGUCAUGUCACAGGCAGACUUCGCCCGACAUGUGCGUGACACGGCCAAACAAAUGAAAGCUAAGAAAUGGACGAAGGCGAAAAUCAUCGACACCAUUCUUCUCGAUUUCUGGCCCCUGGGGCUCAACCUCCUCCAGCUUGCGCAGGUCGAUUGCCAGUUGAUUGUAGACAACCCCAACGCGUAUUUCUGGGUGCUGUCGACGGUGAAAGAUGCCUGGGACAAAGAGGUGCCCAUGCUGCUCGACCCAGCACUGUUCUUGGACCGGCUUGCGGCUCAGUUGAGUAACCUCUUCAUGUCGUACAUCUACGUGUGCAGGCACCCCACGUUCCCACUCGUCCUCAUCCGAAUCCAGGUCUUCGACCUUGCGCCAAACUCGGGCAAACCGCAGGGCAAAAAACUGCAAGUCACGCAGCCACACAUUUCUUCGCAUAGACCAUAUUUCUUGGCCGUUCCUAUGAAUUCCCCCCACCUAAUACACUCACCUGGAGACGACCUAGUCUCUCAGACCGUUUUGCAGGUGGUCGAAUCGAGCCUUGCUCGGGGACCAUCACAGGCCUUGCAUUUGGAAACAUCUCUGCACCAGAAGCCGAUUCGGUCCUUGCAUUCAAUGCAGAUCUUGAAGGGCAGCUCCAGAUUUGCACAUAGUUUGGGGCCCUGGGCCCCUUACGCCGAUGGAGCGGCGGACAUAUCCCCUCUAGCACGGCAUGAGCACCAUCUGGCCGUUAAAAGCAUUACAUCACGAGCAGAAACCUUCACAACAGACGAGCAAAAGCUCCAGAAACUAGCCAAUGUUCGAUUCAAGGGCACGCUUUCCGGAGAGAUCGUCUCCCAGCAACUAUUCGACAACCCGAGAGCCUCAAAGAAAAGGAAAGUAGUUGCGGAACAAGAUGAUGCGGAGACUCCUCGCACGAAAACCCCCUAUGCAUCACUCGCUCCAAUUAGCAUUGCCGAAUUCGAGAUUCAGGAACCCCUAGAGGACUCGGGGCCCUCUAAAUCAGACACGGCGACUUCUCAUGUGAAGAUCAAGUUUGUCGGCAUAGACGUAUUUGCUGGCAUGCACGAGCUUUCAGUAAGAAACACCGAUCUGAGGGCGUCUUUCAUAGAUCUAGAGACAUUGCCAGGAUGGCUCACGGGUGAGGAAGGCGAGAGCUGUGGGAUUGUACGAAACGGCGUCUUCUGCGCCAGAGACCCAUAGCUUGCGCGUGUGGAUGGACCAUUCAUACCCCCAACCGGUUCAAGUACGACUUUAUAGCAUCCAAGACAUUAGCAUCUUCAGCUUGC